AUCAUUUAUGGUCGGGUGAUGGUGGACCCCGUACAGAACUUGGGUAAUUCAUUUUAUUGUAAUAUCGAGAAGGUUUUCCUGUGCACUGGAGCAGAUGGAUAUGUUCCAAAAUAUAACCCACCCGUCACUGAAUAUGGCUGCCUUGCUGAUUCAACAUCUCUUCUGUACCGAUUUAAAAUUUUGGACAAAGCACAGCCAGAAACUCAGGCAAGCAGAUUUGGCAGCGUGCUGUUUAACGCCAGACUUGCCGCCGAUGAUCCGGAGGCGUUGCCUCUAGUCAAACAGCCGGGUUCAGAUGGUUUUAAAGUUGACUCCACUCCUUUGUUCCAGGUGUCUACCGGACGAGAGUGGUAUAUACACACAAUCUAUACUGUAAGGUCCAAAGAAAAUGCAAACAGAGGCAUUGGAAAAAGAAGUGUUGAUUAUCAGUACCAUUCAGUAUUGAAUGUUGGUGCUUCAGGGGGUUCAGCAGCUCGUAAGAAAAGAGAUGUCAGUGAAGCCCCAACAAUUGCUCAGGAUAUCGGCAUGGAGAACAACAGAGGAACCAAUAUCCAACACAUAAUACUGGAACGCAGCAACAAGAAGACUGCUUCAGAGAAGGAAAUUACUGUUGAUGGGAUUAUUCCUAGAGAGCUGAAUAAAAAUGAAAGUGAGGUCAACGUGGUUAUCAUUGUGGUCAUCCUUGCAGCAAUAUUACUACUUGUGGUCUGUUUGAUAGCCAUUAUUGUUUUCCUGCUUAGACACAAGCAGAAAUCUAAGAAGAAGGAAGAAGGUCAAGAAUCAGGAAGUAGUGAGCCCAUGAUGCCGCAUCGUGGUUACAGUACCGACAGCUCAGAGGUUUGA